AUGGACUCAAACCAGAAACCGCUCCCAUCACCGCCGCCGCUACCACCGCCGCCGCCACCACCACCACCACCACCAAAAAAGGGUAACACUAGGGGCUGCCCACCUCUCGUCUCUGCACGGCUACAUGAUGGUGACACCGUUGGAGUAGGCGAUACGGAAGCUGCUGCUCUCUGUCGUGGAUCACCAUGUGUAUCACACCACGAGCUCUCUGGAUCUGGCAGCCAUGGGCUCUCCAGAUCUAGUAGCCAUGAGCUCUCUGGAUCUGGCCGCCGUGUUGAGGGCAAAGCUGAGGCACCAAUCGAGCAGUGUGGUUCGCCACCACAGUGCUCGCAUGAGGUGGCUAGGCUCGGAUCUAGCUACCAUGAGCUCUCUGGAUCUAGCCGCCAUGAGCUCUCUAGAUCUGGCCGCCAUGAGCUCUCUGGAUCUAGUCACCACGAGCUCUCCGAAUCUGGCCACCGCCUUGAGGGCACAACUUCAUCGAGAUCUUUGGUGGGCUAUCCCGGUAGGGACAAGCCAACUGCCAAGCAGCGUGGUUUGCCCCGGCAGCACUCACAUGUGGUGGCUAGGUUCGGAUUAGCUGGUCUUGGCACCGUUGCUACGGUGGAUGACCAGCCCUACGCUUGCGCCGAUUGCUCCAUGGCAUUUGGUCAGGAGAUGGUGCUGUGUGGACACAUGAGGUCACACAAGCAUGACCACCUCUCCUCCGACUCUGAGGAGGAUGCACCCACAUCAAAGAGAAGGAAGAAGCAGAAUUCAAAGAUGAGGACCGUGAAGCCGCUGGAUGCAACAUGGGGCAACCACGCCCUCCACAACAGGUUCCCUAGAGUUGCCCCUACUAAGGUAAAAAAAUCUGGAUCUGAGUCUAAUGUCACUAUUCGCAACAUAGUGGUCACCAUGCACGACAACAACAAGGUCAGAGAGAAUGACAGUAGCGGCGAUGACAUUCCCGUGAUCGUCAUGGGGUCUCGUGGAGCUCCUGGCCUAGCUCCUAAUGCGGUGGCGGCUCUAUCCAUGGCACCAGCUCCAGCGGUGGCCGUGGCAACUCCUAUGCCUACACCUCAUCCGACUGCAGCAUUUGUGAACACUGAAGCAACUCCUGCUGCUACAUCAAUGGCAGGAAUGACAAUUCCACGAGCUCCUGCUUCUGUGGCAGCGGUGACCAUCACAAGAGCUCCUCUUGCCACCGCUAUGAGUGCGGCCACUCAAACUGCACCUGAUCUAGUGAAGAGGAACAAUGGCUCUGGUCAAGCUACUGCUCACUCUAAAUAUGAUAGCAAUGGUAAAGUUGUUGCUAGGAACAACAACAGUUGUGGCAAAUCUCUCGUUGGCUAUGGCAACAUCGACUAUGGAGAAGGUGUUUCUGGCUAUAGCAAUGGCGACUAUGGAGGCAAAGGUGUUGCUGGCUGUGGCAGUGGCAGCCACACCUACAGCACAUCUACUACUGCUGGAGGUGAGAGCAGCAAAGGUUGUGGCAAGGUGUACAAUUGCUCUAAGUGUAAGAACAGAUUCUUCUCCACACCCCAGGCGCUAGGAGGCCACACUUCUAGUCAUCACAAGAUCAGGGAAAAGAAGGGCAAGGCAAAGCUAGACUCGCAGAGUGGUCUGCACAAGUGCAAAGUGUGCAAACAUGUGCGUCGGACAGCGCAGGAACUCAGUUUCCACAUGAAGAUUGUGCACCCUAACCAUGCUGUUGCUGCUGCUGCUUCUGGUAAGGAAAAGCCCUUCAAAGCGACUUGGACCAACAACAUAGAUGCAGCUCUGUAUGGCCCUUACAAUACCAUGGGUUGGCAGAUCCCGGCUGGUGCUCCCAGAAGCGCCAUGCUCUCACUUCUUGCGUCAAUGGCGCCAGUGCACCAGCCACCUCAAGGAACCAUGGCUAUGUCUGGCAAUCCUAUGACUGGUCAUUUCUCAGCUGCCAACACCUCCACUGGUUGGUCACUUGGAACUACCAGCAGCAUCCUUCUAGCAACCCCCUUGCACAAUCAAGAGCAGAAUCCACCGGAACAAAUUGCAGUAGUGGACGGACACCGCAGCAUCAAUCCUGCAUUUUUCUCAUUCUCAAGGAGACAAGAGUCAGCAGUGGUGCCUGGCAAUGCCAUUGCCAGCAGCUCCUCUACUCCUCGUCCUGACAAUGCUACUGCUAUUGAUGCCCCUGCCAAUACCAUGAGCCGCCGCUUGCCAUUCUUCCUAACUGGCAGAAGUGCCAUCCAUGCCCCUCCUGUGUCGAUGCCGGUGCACCAGCCAACUCAAGGGAUGACGGCUAUGGCUGGCAAUCCUGUGACUGGUCAUUUCCCAGCUGCUAUGGCUGGCGAUUGGUAUUCAUUCCCUGCAACUACUAGCAGUGUUCUUCCUGCAAUUCCCUUGCAGACUCAAGCGGAGAAUCCACCACAAGGGAGAGUGGUGCCAGCUAAUGAACUGGAAGACACCUCACAGAAUGAAGCAGAGAAUCCACCAGAGCAGACAGUGCCUGGCAACAACGGAGGUCGCACCAUUCGUCUCUUUGGCUUCAACAUUGCUGAAGCUUGGAAAGAAGUCAAAGAACCAAAGUAGUUCAAGAUAAAGGAGAAGCUGAUCUUCCUGCCAAUGUUUCAGGAGCUACCCAUUAAGUCCAUCAGGACUCAUGCUCGGCAUAAUAUUUCUUUCCAUUAAAAAUUACUAUUGUUUUCGUUCAAAAAUUACUUAGCUCAAGCAAGACUUGUAGUCUUUGGUAUUUGAAUUUGUGUGUUUUAUUUGAUCAGACAAUUUUUAUGUAUUAUCUCGA